AUGGGGACACCAUCCACGACAUCACGAACGAGGACGCCGUCCACGACACCGCCAACGAGGACACCUUCCACGGCACCGCCGACGAGGUCGCCAUCCACGGCACCGCUGACAAGGACACCGUCCAUGGCACCGCUGACGAGGAUGCCGUCCAGGGCACCCCCAACGACGCCGUCCACGGCAUCACCGAUGAGGACACCGUCCAGGGCAUCGCCAACCAGGACGCCAUCCACGGCAUCACUGACUGGGACGCCAUCCAGGGAUUCACUGACUGGGACGCCGUCCAGGGCCUCGCUGACUGGGAAGCCGUCCAAGGCCUCGCUGACUGGGACGCCAUCAAGGGCAUCGCUGAUGGGGACGCCGCCCAGGGCAUCGCUGAAGGGGACGAAGCCAUCCACGUCAUCACUGACUGGGAUGCCAUCCAGGGAUUCACUGACUGGGACGCCGUCCAGGGCCUCGCUGACUGGGACGCCGUCCAGGGCCUCGCUGACUGGGACGCCGUCCAGGGCCUCGCUGACUGGGACGCCGUCCAUGGCUUUGCUGACGGGGACGCCAUCAAGGGCAUCGCUGAUGGGGACGCCGCCCAGGGCAUCGCUGAAGGGGACGUCGUCCAUGGCAUCGCUGAUGGUGUCACUGUCCAGGGCAUCGCUGACGAGGACGCCAUCCACGUCAUCACUGACUGGGACGCCAUCCAGGGAUUCACUGACUGGGACGCCGUCCAGGGCCUCGAUGACUGGGACACCGUACAGGGCCUCGCUGACUGGGACGCCGUCCACGGCUUCGCUGACGGGGACGCCAUCAAGGGCAUCGCUGACGGGGAUGCCACCCAGGGCAUCGCUGAAGGGGACGUCAUCCAUGGCAUCGCUGACGGUGUCACUGUCCAGGGCAUCGCUGACGAGGACAACGUCCAGGGCAUCGCUGACGAGGAUGCAGUCCAGCUCAUCGCUGACGAGGACCCCAUCCGGCAUCGCUAACGAGGAGGCCGUCCACGGCAUCCCUAACGAUGCCGCCAUUCAGGGCAUUACUAACGAGGACGCCGUCCAGGGCGUCGCUAACAACGAUGCCGUCCAGGGCGUCGCUAACGAAGAUGGAUUCCACAGCAUCGAUAACGAGGACGCCGUCCAGGGCAUCGCCAACUGGGACGCCGUCCACGGCUUUGCCGACAAGGUCGUCUUCCACGGCAUCGCCGACGGGGACGCCGCCCAGGGCAUCGCCAACUGGGAUGCUGUCCAGGACAUCGCUAAUGAAGAUGGAUUCCACGGCAUCAAUAACGAGGAAGCCGUCCAGGGCAUCGACAAUGAGGACGCCGGCAUCGCCAACUGGGACGCCGUCCACGGCUUCGCCGACGAGGUCACCUUCCACGGCAUCACCGACGGGGACACUGUCCAGGGCAUCGCCGACGGGGUUGCCGUCCAGGGCAUCGCCGACGGGGACGCCAUCCAGGGCAUUGCUCUCGAUGAUGCCGUCCACGGCAUCGCUAACGAGGACGCCGCCCAGGGCAUCGCCAACUGGGAUGCUGUCCAGGACAUCACUAAUGAAGAUGGAUUCCACGGCAUCGAUAACGAGGAUGCCGGCAUCGCCGACGGGGACGCCACCAAGGGCAUGGGCAACGAGGUUGCCGUCCACGGCAUCGCUAACGAGGACGCCGUCCACGGCAUCGCUAAUGAGGACGCCCUCCACGGCGUCGCUAACGAGAAAAUCAAAUGUUAA